AAAGUUUCCUCUCUCUCUCUCUUUCUCUCUUUCUCUCUCCAAAUAUCGGACAAUUGGAUGAAACUUUGAGUUAAACAUUUUUAGAGUGAGACUGUUUAUAUGGUAUUGAAAGAGAAAGAAAUCCAGACCCACAUCCCCUUGGAUUCAAUCAACAUACUCCAUCAAUUCUCCAUAUAAGUUUAGAGAGAGAAACUAGAGAGAGAAAGACUCUGUGAGAUUAUCUCAUGUGAUCAUGGAUGGUGGUGAUGACCAUUUCAACCACCGCCCCAACUUCCCUUUUCAAUUACUUGAAAAGAAAGACGACGAAGCUUGCUCUUCCUCCGCCACGGUCUCCGCCACCACCGGUUACCCUUCUCGACCCAUCUCCGCCGACACUAAUAACCCUCCACUUCGAUCCAACAGUUCAAACCUCCAAAUAACCACCAUCGCCACCACCUCUUCCGGCGACCCCUCUAAGAAAUUGGCGCCCAAGAGAACGUCAACCAAAGACCGCCACACAAAGGUUGAUGGACGUGGCCGCCGUAUCCGUAUGCCAGCCCUUUGCGCCGCCAGGGUUUUUCAGCUCACACGAGAGCUUGGCCAUAAAACAGAUGGUGAAACCAUCGAGUGGCUCCUUCAACAAGCUGAACCCGCCGUCAUCGCCGCCACCGGAACUGGUACAAUCCCGGCGAACUUCACUUCACUCAAUAUCUCACUCCGGAGCUCCGGGAGCAGCAUGUCGGUUCCUUCACAGCUUCGAUCCGGUUACUUUAACCCAAAUUUCGCCAUCCCACAAAAUCGGAAUCUCUUCCCGGGAAUUGGAUUAUCUUCAUCGGAAAAUAGUUCAUCCAACCUUUUGAAUUUUGGGUCAGCAACGAAUCUUCACCAGAUAUUACAAACGAAGCAGGAAACUCGGGAUAAUUCAGUUGAGUUAUCGGAAACUGAAGAUAGCAUCGGAAGGAAACGUAGAGCUCCGGCGGAGUCUGAGCUACCUUCACAACACCAACAACAGAUGGGGAAUUAUCUGCUUCAAUCAAGCUCAUCUUCCAUGGUAGCAAAUCACGCAUCAAUUCCAGCUAAUUUUUGGAUGGUCGCCAAUUCUAAUCAACACCAAGCCAUGAGUGGAGACCCUAUUUGGACUUUUCCGGCAGUGAACAACACCGCUUUGUACAGAGGCACUGUUUCCACCGGCUUACAUUUCAUGAACUUCCCAACACCCGUCGCCCUUAUGCCAAGUCAGCAAUUGGCGGCAGGGCUUGGCGGCAACUCAGGUGGCAGCGGCGGCGGCGGCGGAGGAGGAGGAGGAGGAGGUGGUGGUGGUGGUGGUUUUACUGAAGGCCAAUUGAGCAUGCUCGCCGGAUUAAAUCCUUACCGGCCAAUAUUCGGUCCAGGUGGCUCUGAACAGCAAGCAAGUGGAUCUCAGUCUCAUCACGGCGGCGGAGAUGAUCCACAUGAUACAACUAGCCACCACUCAUAAGGGAUUUCCGGCCUCCAUGAUUGUGUUGUUAAAUUUGAUGUGUAAAACGCACAUAAGGUUUGAUUUCCUCCAAAAUUUUUGGAAAAUUUUAAUUUUUUCCCCAUAAUUAUUGCUGAUUUUUUUUUUUUAUAUUUAAUUUUGUGUGAUUAUUUUUGAGGAUUUACAAAGUGUUUGGAGAGACAAAUUUUAACAGGGUGUAUUGUUGGUUUUAAUCAUUGAAGAAAAAAAGAAAAAGGUCUCGUUUUAGUA